GGCGGGAGGUGCGCCCGGCGGCGCGCGCAGGGUGGGCUCAGCGAGCGGCCGCGGGGUUUACGGGCACGGGGCGGGGUUCCUCGGAUCGAAGCGCCGCUCUGCCGCAGCACCCACAGCACCGCGGGCUCGGUGACGGUGCAGCAUGGACGGAGCAGGGCCGGAGGAGGCCCGGGGCCAGGAGCUCGGUCCCAGCACCACGAGAAGCGUCCUGGAGAGUUUCAGCGAGAGCCGGGAGGUCGCGGCGCUCCUCGGGAGCCUGGGUGCGGUCUGCGGGGACCUGGUGUCUCGAGAAAUGGCCGUGGAGAAGUUCCUAGGUAUAAUGGACAAGUACCAGGAGCAGCCUCACCUGUUGGAUCGCCACUUAGAGUGGAUGAUGAAUUCAUUGUUGGAUAUAGUGCGGGAAAAUGUUUCUCCUCCUCCACUAGUUCACCUGGCUUUUAAAUUUCUUUACAUCAUUACAAAGGUAAGAGGGUACAAACGUUUCCUCCCACUAUUUCCUCAUGAAGUAGGUGAUCUGCAGCCAGUUUUGGAUAUGCUUGUAGACCAGGACCCAAAAGACUCUGAGAGUUGGGAAACUCGUUAUAUGCUGUUAUUGUGGCUCUCCAUGAUCUGCUUGAUUCCGUUUGAUCUAGCCCGUUUUGAUGGCAAUAUUAGUUCUGAGGAGGGGCACGCUCGUAUGCCAACAAUGGAUCGCAUCCUUCAAAUAGCAAAGUGUUACCUGAUUGUCAGUGACAAGGCUCGAGAUGCAGCUGCUGUGCUGGUUUCAAAAUUUAUUGUCCGCCCUGAUGUCAGGCAAAAAAGGAUGGCAGACUUCCUGGACUGGACACUUUCGUUGCUAUCCAAAUCAUCCUCCCAGACGAUGGAGGGGACUGUCAUUAUUAAUGGCAUGCUCCAGGCCCUGGCACAGCUAUUCAAACAUGGCAAAAGAGAAGACUGUUUACCAUAUGCUGCUGUUGUACUUCAGUGUCUUGACAACUGCAAGCUGUCAGAAAGUAAUCAGAUGGUUCUUCGCAAGCUGGGGAUGAAACUUGUUCAGCGACUUGGACUGACAUUUGUGAAACCAAAGGUGGCAAAAUGGAGGUAUCAGCGGGGCUGUCGGUCUCUGGCUGCCAACCUGCAAGCUCAGGGCCCAGUUAUGCAGAAUCAGGUGAUAACAGUUGCUGCUAAUGAAGCUGAUGAUGAAGAGGAAUAUGACAUUCCAGGAGAGAUUGAAAAUGUUGUAGAGCAAUUGUUGGUUGGACUGAAAGACAAAGACACCAUUGUCAGGUGGUCUGCAGCAAAAGGCAUUGGUCGAAUAACUGGAAGACUUCCAAAAGAAUUAGCAGAUGAUGUGAUCGGAUCUCUGUUGGACUGCUUUAGUUUCCAGGAAACAGACAAUGCGUGGCAUGGUGGAUGCUUGGCGCUGGCUGAAUUAGGCAGAAGAGGAUUGUUACUACCUUCCCGAAUUUCAGAUGUUGUUCCCGUAAUUUUGAAAGCACUCAUCUAUGAUGAGAAAAGGGGGGCGUGCAGCGUGGGUUCCAACGUGCGAGAUGCAGCGUGCUACGUGUGCUGGGCUUUCGCUCGAGCUUAUGAUCCUGUAGAACUGAUACCCUUUAUUAAUCAGAUAGCAAGUGCAUUGGUUAUUGCUGCAGUUUUCGAUCGUGAUAUUAAUUGCAGAAGAGCUGCUUCUGCUGCCUUCCAGGAGAAUGUUGGGAGACAGGGUACUUUUCCACAUGGCAUAGACAUUCUAACUGCAGCGGAUUAUUUUGCUGUUGGUAACAGAGUUAACUGUUAUCUGACUAUAAGUGUGUAUAUUGCUGGCUUUCCUGAGUAUACACAGCCUAUGAUUGACCACUUAGUUAAUGUGAAGAUUAACCACUGGGAUGGUGUUAUUCGAGAACUUUCCACCAAAGCUCUGCAUAACCUCACUCCACAAGCUCCGGACUACAUGGCAAACGUGGUUUUGCCAAGACUUCUGCCUUUGUCAGUGGGCACAGAUCUGCACACGCGCCAUGGGGCGAUUCUUGCCUGUGCUGAAAUCACCCACGCGCUGUGUAAGCUAGCAGAAGAGAACAAGAGAUCUGUAAUGUAUUAUUUCAAUGAAAACUCAUUGGAGGGACUUAAGCAAAUCCAUCAAGAGCUUUGCCGUCGUCAACUGUACAGGGGUCUAGGUGGAGAGCUGAUGAGGCCAGCUGUCUGCACUUUAAUUGAAAAGUUGUCACUAUCAAAAAUGCCAUUUAGAGGAGACCCAAUAAUCGGUGGCUGGCAGUGGUUAAUAAAUGACACUCUGAGAAGUCUCCCUCUUAUUUCAAGUGCUGCACGACAGAAUAUAAAGGAGUCUGCAGUCUCUGCACUUGCUGCACUGUGUAAUGAAUAUUACAUCAAUGAAAAGGGAGAAGCUGAUCCAGCUCUACAAGAUGAGUUGGUGACACAGUGCAUUUCAGAACUACAAAACACAGAGGAAAUGAUUCGUUGUGGCUUUUCACGAGCUCUUGGGGCCCUUCCAAGAUUUCUGCUAAAGGGCAGGCUCCAGCAAGUUUUAGAAGGUUUGAAAAAAGUUACUUUAAUUUCCCCUACGGAUGUGAGCUUUGCAGAAGCCAGAAGAGAUGCCCUAAUAGCAAUUGCAAAGGUUUGCCAGACAGUGGGCGUGAAAGGAGAAGGGUCCCAGGAAGACUAUGUCUGUAGAGAUAAUGUUACUCAGAUUUAUGCUGCUCUACUCGGUGGGGUGACCGACUACACCACAGACAGCCGCGGGGAUGUUGGAGGAUGGGUACGUGAAGCUGCCAUGACAAGUUUAAUGGAAGUGACACUUCUGCUAGUUCAGAAUGAAGUGGAGUUAAUUAACACUGACAUCUGCAAGCAGAUUAUGUGCUGGUUGGCCCAACAGUCGGCGGAAAAAAUUGAUAAAUUUCGAGCUCAUGCAGGAUCUGUGUUCCUUACUCUUUUACAUUUUGACCAUCCUCCGAUUCCACACAUACCGCAUCGAGAAGAGCUAGAGAGGAUAUUUCCAAGGUCAGAGAAGGAGACUCUAAACUGGAAUGCUGCAUCGGAAGCUUUCCCUCGAAUCACCCAGCUUUUGGGUUUGCCAGCAUACCAGUACUAUGUGCUUCUGGGGCUCUCGGUGUCUGUUGGUGGGUUAACGGAGACAACGCUCAGAUACUCUGCCCAGAGCCUUUUUGACUACAUGAAGAAAAUCCAGAAUGAUCUCAGUGCUAUGGAGAGUUUUUGCGAGUCAUUGCUAAAAGUCUUUGAGGACAACCUGCGGAAUGACCGGGUGUCUGUACCUCUCCUGACGAUGCUGGACCAAAUGCUGGCAAAUGGCUGUUUUGAUAUAUUUACUGUGCAACAGAACCAUCCCUUUUCAGUGAAGUUACUUACCCUGUGUAAAGAAGAGAUCAAAAAAUCCAAAGACAUCCGGAAGCUUCGUUCCAGUAUAGGAGUCUUUUGUGGCCUGAUUCAAUUUCAAGGAGACAUGAGAGACCAAGUUUUAUUUCAGUUGUUUCUCCUUCUUUGCCAUCCAUUUCCUGUAAUCCGGAAAACAACAGCCGCUCAAGUGUAUGAAAUGUUGAUAACCUACAGCGACAUAGUCGAUCCUGCCAUUUUGGAUGAGGUCAUGGCCAUACUCAGUGAUACCAACUGGGAAGCUGAAUUGCCAGUGGUCAGAGAGAAACGCAACUGUCUCUGUGAUCUCAUGGGAGUGCCCAAACCGCAGCUAGUAUCCAAGAGUUCGGCACAAUGAAGCUUCAGGCACCGGCUGCCAGUUUGCAAACUGAAGCUCUUGGUUCAGAUGCCAUCAAGACUGAAAGAGUUCGUGCUGCAGCAUCCUGCAAACUGGAUUCUGGGCAUUAGCUACAAAGUGCACUGGUUAAUAAAAUAAGAGGCAGAGAUGAUGUCUUCAGGUGUUGUGCUGUGUGACAGCCAGAAAGAUUCAUUAUGUUUUCAGUUUUUGAAAUCCUUCUCUGUAGCCACAAGAUGCUGUUUGUUGUCAUACGUCUGUGACAGCUAACCUGGGGGUUCCGGUGUUGGUGGCUGAUACUUCUACAGCUCUGAAUGGAGCUGUUCAGCCUGUGCUUGCUUAACACACAGGAAUUGUUAAACUCAACUGGCUGCAUUAAUCUCUUAAAAGAAUUGUUUUUCAGAGUUGAAAAUGGCAGUGCUUGGUGAUGAUGAAAUAUUCCUGACCAUCAAGUAUCUGUCGUUCAAGCGUCAUAGUCAUCAUAGUUCUCCAGGCUGAACAAGCCCAACUCUCUCAGCCUGUCCUCAUAUGGGAGGUGCUCCAGCCCUCUGAUCAUCUUUGUAGCCCUCCUCUGGACCUGUUCCAACAGCUCCAUAUCCUUCUUAUGUUGAGGAUUCCAGAACUGGACACAAUACUCCAGAUGAGGAAUAGAGGGGCAGAAUCACCUCCCUCGCCCUGCUGGCCACGCUUCUCUCGAUGCAGGCCAGGAUACAGUUGGCCUUCUCAACUGCGAGCACACAUUGCCGGCUCAUGUCGAGCCUCUCAUGGACCAGCACCCUCAAGUCCUUCUCUGCAGGGCUGCUCUCAAUCACAUCAUCUCCCACCCUGUACUGAAAUCGGGGAUUACCCCGACCCAAGUGCACUUGGCCGUGUUGAACCUCACGAGUUUCUCACAGGCCCACUUCUCCAGCCUGUCCAGGUGGCAACUGCACCACUCGGCUUGGUGUCAUCUGUACAGACCCCUGAGGGACACCACUUGUCUCCACGUGGGCUUUGAGCCAUUGUCUACUACUCUCUGAAUAUGACCAUCCAGCCAGUUUCUUAUCCACUGAACAGUCCACCCAUCAAAUCCAUAUCUCUCCAAUAUAGAGAGAAGGAUGUUGUGAGGGACAGUUUCACAUGCUUUACUAAAGUCCAGAUAGAUCACAUCCGUUGGUUUUCCUGUGUCCACUGCUGCAGUUACCUCAUCAUAGAAAGCCACCAAGUUGGUCAGACAGGAUUUGCCCCUGAUGAAGCCAUGCUGGCUGCCAUUAAUCACCUCCCUGUCCUCCAUGUGCUUUAGCAUGGCUUCUAGGAGGAUCUGUUCCAUGAUCUUCCCAGACACAGAGGCGAGGCUGACAGGUCCGUAGUUCCCAGGGUCGUCUUUUCUACCCUUUUAAAACAUUAGCACAAUGUUACCCAUCUUCCAGUCACCAGGGACUCUUCCUGAUUGCCAUGACUUUUCAAAUAUCACGGAGAGUCGCUUGGGAACCACAUCACCCAAUUCCUUCAGGACUCUGGGAUGCAUCUCAUCAGGUCCUAUAGACUUGUAUUUGUUCAGGUUCCUCAGGUGGUCGCAAACCUAAUCCUCCUCUACAGUGGGAGGGAUUUUAACUGCUAGGUCACCAUCUUGUCCCAUGGCCCAGGAGGGUUGAGGAGAGCGGCUGUCAGUGAAGACUGAGGCAAAAAUGUUGCUGACUAUGUCAGCCUUCUGCUUGUCUGUUGAUAUGAGGUCACCAUUUUCAUCCAUCAGUGGUGGUACAUUCUCUUUAACCUUCCUUUUCGGACUGACGUACCUGAUUGUAGAAGUCCUUCUUGUUUAGUCUUCACUUCCCUUGCCAAGUUCAGCUCCAGCUGCACCUUGGCCUUCCUGAUCUUAUCCCUACACAACCGGGCAGCGUCCCUAUAGACAUCCCAGGUUACACGGAGGAGAAGUGCACAGGCAACAUGAUCGCCUGAUUACACUGUGUUACUGAUGGUUCUAAUACCACUAUCCCAACACUACAAAUAAAGCAGUGGAUCUUUAUACGCACACAUCUAUGACUCUUGGUAAGGCGGGAUAAAUUCAGGCAGAGGAACUCCCUAAGCAGUGUCUGACAAUACAAUUUGACAGUCAAAGUGACUUUGAUAGGUGCUGCGUGAUAGUAAAAUGAGCAAAUGGCAUUAUCCCUGGUUAACUCUUAGAAAUGGGGCUUCUCAGCACAAAGGUUAAUUUAAUGAAGCACAAAUUACUAAAAAAUUCGAAACCUCUGAGCAUAUUGGGCUCCCUGCACCGACCCCAGUAUCACAGCUU